UUUCAUUUUACAGCUUGUCAAAAAUACAGUAAUCCAAGAGUAAUUUACACAAUCCUUGAUGGAAAAAAUGUGGUACCUGGUGAAUAUCCUCAUAUGGCAGGCUUGGUCUUUGAUAAUCCUGCUCUUCGAUGUGGAGGGUCUUUGAUAUCAGAGCGAUAUGUUUUAACUGCUGCUCAUUGUGUUGUUAACUACUACAGGCCAAAGUUUGUUCGAUUAGGUGUGGUUAAAUGGAAUCCUACCACAGAAGAUGGUAUUAAACCUGUUGAUAUGGAGAUUAAUACCAUAAAGUUUCACCCGUCGUACAAUAAGUACGUGCAACACAAUGAUAUUGCCCUAAUUGAACUUAAGCAGGAUGUUGCAUUUUCCCCAUUUGUAUAUCCUGCUUGUCUUCACACAGAUCGCUCGGAUAUCGAUCCGGAUGUUCCAUUAGUUGUUAUUGGACGGGGUAUUACAAAUGGCAUUGCAUUUUCAUCACUAUCGGAUAAUCUAUUAAAAACUAAUGUGACCACAGUUUUAAUAGACAAAUGCAAUACCACACAUAUUGAUCAAUAUCCUCAUUACGAUAAGUAUCACAUUGGGCUAAUUGAUGGACAAUACUGUGCAUAUGAUCGAGUAAUAAAGAAAGAUGUCUGUAAUGGAGAUGGGGGUAGUCCACUUAAAUUGGUCAGCGAUAAAAAAGAUUUGUCAAUUGUUGGAGUUGUUUCAUAUGGAGUUUCUUGUGUAACUGCAAUACCAUCAGUUUAUACUAGAGUGGCAUAUUACUUGGAUUGGAUUGAGAGUAUUGUUUGGCCAGCAGCAGCGUAGGAAAGAAUAAUGACAAAAUUUAUACUUCAUCCAUAAUAAGAAAUUUAAGA